GGGGAGGGGGCGACUGGAUCUGUCUCUCUGUCUCUCUUCUCUUCUUCUGCCCAGUCCAGUGUACGGGCAGUGAGGGACAGCGGCCGCUCCCUGCAGCGGCUUCGGUCCGGCACUUUUGUACCGCUUUCCCCCCGCCGGCUAGGCACGCUCUCAAACGGAGGACAACUACGGCGGGACGCAGGGAGAGAAAGAGAAGGAUGAGCGACCCGGGCAAGAGCUCGGCUUCGGCUUCAUCCGCCACCAACACCACCACCGCGGCCACGCCGGCCCCCGGCUCGGACACUUAUAAAGGCUGGCUGUUCAAAUGGACCAACUACCUGAAGGGUUACCAGCGCAGGUGGUUCGUCCUUAGCAACGGGCUGCUAUCCUAUUACAGGACCCAGGCGGAGAUGGCUCACACGUGCCGCGGCACCAUCAAUCUGGCCACCGCGCACAUCGACACGGAGGACGCCUGCAAUAUCGUUCUGAGCAGCGGGGGGCGCACCUACCACCUGAAGGCCAGCACGGAGGUAGAGAGGCAGAAGUGGGUGACCGCUCUGGAGCUGGCAAAAGCCAAGGCCAUCCGCAUGAUGAACGAUCAGUCUGGCAGUGUCCGAUCUCUCCCUUCGCCACAGAGCGUUCUCCCCGGCCACAGCCAGCCACUCCCAGUGCCUGUGAACAAUCACUCGGGUAAUGGCCUACUAAUGUCAUUUCCGAUGAACAGUCACUCUGAUGACUCAGGUGAGGAGGAGCCCACGUCCCGCUCCGACCGCAGUGAACUGCAGGGGGCGCUGAAGACCUUGGCCAGUAAACUGGAUGACCUGUGUACGUGUAAUGAGCUGAUAGCGAAGCACGGUGCGGCCCUGCAGCGCUCCCUCAGCGAGCUCGAGGCCCUGCGUGUCCCGCUCGAGGGCAGCGAGAAGAUCAAGGCCGUCAAUGAGAGAGCCACUCUGUUCCGCAUCACCUCCAAUGCUAUGAUCAACGCAUGCCGUGAUUUCCUGGAGCUGGCGGAGAGCCACAGUCGCAGAUGGCAGCGGGUCCUGCAGCAUGAGAGGGAGCAGCGCACUCACCUGGAGGAGACCAUCGAACAGCUGGCCAAACAGCACAACAGCCUGGAGAGAGCGUGGAGAGAGGCCCCUACACACUCCACCAACACGCCAGACACACCCACCACACACACUGGAGUGAGUGAGAGGCCCCGAAAAGAAGAAGCGAGUGAUGAAGAUGAAGAUACAGAAUAUUUUGACGCCAUGGAGGAUUCACCUGCAUUCAUCACAGUGACCGCCACUGACCCCUCACAACACAGGCGUUCUCAGAGUAAUCUAAGUGGUGCCAGUGGUGGGCAGCCCAGCGACUGGAACCUGGAGGACCAUUCAUCUCCGAGCUAUAAUGAUUUGUCGGGGAAGGAGGUUCAGCCACGCAGGAAGAGGCGGACCCGAAUCCCAGACAAGCCCAACUACUCCCUGAACCUGUGGAGCAUCAUGAAGAACUGCAUCGGCAAAGAGCUCUCCAAAAUCCCCAUGCCUGUGAAUUUUAAUGAGCCUCUCUCGAUGCUGCAGCGGUUGACGGAGGAUUUGGAGUACAGUGAGUUGCUGGAUAAAGCUGCGCGCUGUGAGAAUUCUCUGGAGCAGAUGUGUUUGGUCGCAGCGUUCUCUGUCUCCUCCUACUCCACCACCGUCCACCGCACAGCCAAACCCUUCAACCCGCUGCUGGGGGAGACAUACGAGCUCGACCGGCUAGAGGAGUUUGGCUACCGCUCACUAUGUGAACAGGUAAGUCAUCAUCCUCCAGCUGCUGCCCAUCAUGUAAUGUCACAGCGAGGCUGGACCCUGUGGCAGGAAAUCACCAUCGCCAGCAAGUUCCGCGGCAAAUACCUGUCCAUUAUGCCGCUGGGUGCCAUCCACCUGCAGUUCCAUUCAAGUGGGAACCAUUACGUAUGGCGAAAGGUGACGUCCACCGUGCACAACAUCAUCGUGGGCAAGCUAUGGAUCGACCAGUCGGGGGACAUUGAUAUUGUAAACCACAGAACCAAAGAGACGUGUCAGCUCAAGUUCUCUCCCUAUAGCUACUUCUCCAGGGAAGUUCCACGCAAGGUGACAGGUGUGGUGGCGGACAGUGAGGGUCAGGCACACUACAUCCUGUCCGGGACGUGGGAUGAGAGGAUGGAGAGCGCAAAGAUUGUCCAGAGCAGCCGGGGCAGUAGUGGAGCAGAGGGCAAGCAGAAGACCGUCUACCAGACUCUGUCACCCAGACUGUUGUGGAAGAAAUACCCACUACCAGAGAACGCUGAAAACAUGUAUUACUUCUCAUCUCUGGCUCUGACGCUGAACGAGGAGGAGGCGGCCGUGAGUUUGACGGACAGCCGGCUGCGGCCGGACCAGCGGCUGAUGGAGGAGGGCCGCUGGGAUGAGGCCAACACGGAGAAACAAAGGCUGGAGGAGAAGCAGAGGGCCGUCAGGAGGAGGAGAGAGGCAGAAGCCUCCAACGCCACGGACGAAGGUCGGGAGUAUGAGGGCUACCAGCCGCUGUGGUUCCAUCAGAGGAUGGACCCUCUGACUGGAGAGACGAGUUUUGUGUAUAAAGGAGGUUACUGGGAGGCCAAAGAGAGGCAGGACUGGAGUAUGUGUCCGGACAUUUUCUGAAACACUUUUACCGAACUGAGAGAGAAAAACAGACAGAAUGGAGGACGGGAAAGAAGGAAGACCGUCAGGACUGACUGACGAAGGCCCAGGAGCUUGACUCCCGCCUCAGGAGGCCACAGCACCCAGGGCUGUGUGGAACUCUGAGUGUGUGAGUGGACGUGUGCGUGUGUGUGUGUGUGUAUUUGCACUUUCCACACAGGCAAAAAUAUCACAGAUCACCACACAGACUCACGUUAUGAAGGGACAUGGAGAGAGUGGGACGUCUGAGCCGCACCACCUCUCCAAACGUUCACCUGAAAGCAGUGUGUGUGUGUGGGUGUGUGUUUGCAAGCGAGAAGAAGGGGAGGUUAACUGUAUUGCCAAGUGCUUGGCCCCCUUGAUUGCUUCCAAACCAAAUCAGGUGCUCUUUAUUCAGAAACACCUUCUCCUCUCUCUCUGUGUCUCUCACUCACUGUCUCCCUCCCUCUCUUCUCACUGGAAGACACAGGAGGAGCUUGAAGAAGAAGGAGAUUGCACAGAUGCAUUAUUUAGAAGAGAACAUUAAAAUGUGCACAGUUUAUUCUGCCUCAUCUAGGCUUUCGCUCCAUCCUUAGGAAGUGCGUAUCAAUACAUAGCAGCAUAUCUUUUUAAUGCAAUUUGCAUAUCCCAGAGAGCGAUAGAACAGGUACACUGAAAAAAAAAGUAUUUAUUUAAUAUUCUUGAUUGGAAAUGUGUUCAUCAUUUCCACAUACAGCACUGUGCAAAACUCAGAGACCACCCUCUCAUUUAUUUAUUUAUAUACACCGAU